AUGGUUGACACACUACGUGGACAAGAACUUAUUGUUUGUUCCCAAUGUGAAGAAAGCGUGGAAUAUUUUUGUGCCUCUUGUGAACUUGACCUUUGUCAUAAAUGCAAACAGGAACAUAACGAAGCAGAAGCCACUCUGAGUCACGACGUCAGAGUAUACAGAGAAAAGUACGGAGAGAGCUUGAUAGAGGAAAAGUGUAUGCUACAUCCACAGUCUGAUGAGCAUUACAGACAAUAUUGCCAUGAGUGUGGUGUUCCUGUGUGUAAAUUAUGUGCACAAAGUCCAAGUCACCGUAGUCAUACUCUAACUGAUAUAAAGAGUUUGUAUCGCGAGUACCGCGAAAAAUACAGAGAAUGGUAUAAAAGAAUUCGCCUGGAAGUCCUUCCCCAAGUAAAAAUCGAACAAGAUAAUAUCGAAAAGGAUCUGGAAAGGAGGAAUAAACAGUACACUGAAAUAUUGAAUCGAUUAGAAGAACAGGCUCGACACUUGAAAACUCUCGUUGAUGAGGUAGUAGAGGAACACAAAAGUUUUAUCAGGGAUCUUCAGAAUUCUCAGUUAACCACCCUCCAAAGUAAUGGCCAGGAGCUACUCUCGUAUGUAAAAAACUUGAAGAAUAUACUUGACGGUUUUGAAAAAUCAGCUAAUAUGCCUGCAAAAUUUUUCUUUUAUGUAAAAGAAAACCCCAUUGACGAGCCAAAAAGUCUGAAUGUAAGUAAAUUACCAACACCCUCUUACACGGAGGCCAAGUUGAACAAAAAUGACAUUCAAAAAUUAAUCGGACACAUUGGAAAAGAAAUGCACAAACAAAUUUCACGGACCCCGUCGCGGACCCCAUCAAUGGAGGCAGAGGCUGUGAACACCGUAACGGAGAUGAAGUUAAACAUUCCAGAUAUAACUCAUGUUCGUCAUAUUUCCUGUGUAACGUCAGAUCGCUUGUGGAUCAGUGGAACCACAAAUCUUGUUCUAACAGACAUUGAGACUAAAAAGACAAAAUUCAAAUUAGCAGUCACUACAGAUGGGUAUGGUUGUCACUCUGUUAACAGUGAAGGAGAUCUGAUUUACAUAGACAAUGCCUCGACCAUCAACAAACUGUCAGAAGGAAGCGAGACAGAACUUCUCAUAAGAACUACAGAGCCAUGGAAACCUAUCAGCAUUCACUGCGCACACUCCUCAGAUACUAUGUUGGUGGGGAUGAUCAUUCCAUUGGAAACAGCUAAAGUGGUCCGCUACGAUAGCACUGGUCAGGUAAUUCAGACCCUGCAAGACGACCACAGAGGUAAACCACUGUACGAAGCCCCGGCAUACAUUACAGAAAAUAACGGAGACGUAAUUGUAUCAGACUACAAGAGAAGGGUGGUCAUAGUGACCGACAGGACAGGGAAACAUCGCUUCUCCUACAGAGGUCCACCAUUAGGGUCAAUAGCAGAAUUAUGGCCUCGUGGUGUCUGCACUGAUAGUCAGGAAAACAUACUGGUAUCUGACUUCUAUACACAGAUGGUGCACAUUGUUAACAAUGAUGGUCACUUCUUGCGAUACAUGCAUAUCGACCAAGGAUUACGCAAACCAUUCGGUUUAUGUUUUGACAGUGAGAAGAAUAUGGUUGCCGUGGGCUCAUAUGAAAAUAAUACAGUUCACUUGUAUCAUUAUUUAGAGUGA